AUGCCCUCCUCCGCAGCAGCAACUGCUACACCAUCACCAAAACGAAUAACCAACCCGCGACGUCUGCUCAUUCUGACGCCUACGAGCCAUUCAAACCAGACCAUUCCUGUGUUAUUGCAGUCGCUGACCGGAGUCCUACCCGCCAUCACACCAGAAUCAUCUGCAGUCACGACCACAGCUGACAACAAAGCGACAACCCUCUCUUUCGCCGGCUAUACAACGCACAACCCCCUCCAAAUAAGCAAUAAAUACUACACUGCCGACAUUCCAAUCUGGGUGGACGAAAUACCGCUGGCCUCUUCUUUCUCUUUAUCUUCUCCAAAAAAAGAAAAGGAAGAAGAAGAAGCAACACAAUGGAAAACAUCCUUCCUUUCCCGCGAAGCCCGCGAAGUCCGCGACGCUAUCGGCGCAAUACUCAUCUGUGUGCGGAACCCGAAAAGCUUGAUAAGUGGUGCAGUACCGAGGGAGGCGUAUGACGAGCAUCAUCUAUCAGAGUUUUCUUCCUCGUCAGAUAGGGCAGAGGAAGUGUCGAGGAUCAUAAGUGAGAAUAACAAAGAUCCAGUGGAUAGAGGGGAUGUGGAGGUAAUCAAGGACCUGGUCAGCAUUGUGGGUGAGCUCAAGACGACGAUUGAGGAGGAGAGGAAUGGUUUGGAGGGACGAGAAGAAGAAGAAGAAGAAGAAGAAGAAGAAGAGAUUGGGCAGUUACAAGGUACUGCAGAAGUACCUGGCUUAUUAGUUGUUAUGGACGAGCAUUCAUCAUCAUCAUCUUCUUCUUCGUCUCCUCCUAGAAAGCGGACGGUAGAAGAUGAUGAUGACGAUGAUGGCGUCGAUGCACUAGAGCCAUUCACGCCGCCCUGGUGGGAAGAGAGAUUGUAUGACAUGGGCAUAUACGGAUUUGAGGUCAUUUCCUGGACCCCCCCAUCCGGUGCCGAUAAAGCAGGGACAGAAACACAAACCGAAUCGAGAAAUAUCUACGGCGAACUAGAGGGUCUCCCACGCAUCAAAGAGGUAUUAUCGACCCAUGAAUGGGGCAAUACCUCGUUAACAGAUUACAAUAACAACGACGACGACGAUAUCAUGGCCUUCCUCGCUGGCACAGACCGCAGAGCAACAGCAGAAGAGAGCGAUGGGUUCAGACUCGAAGUAAACCAGCUAGAGCGCGAAAUGAUGGGGUUGCGAUUCGCUAUUAACGAGGCGAGUCGUGACGCCGAUGCCGAUGAUGACAACAAUAGUGAUGAUAGAGAGGACGCAGAAGAGGAGCUUCAAGUUGACAACCUCGAGACAUUGAUGAUGCGUAUGAAGGCUAUUAAAGAUAUAUCGUCUGAUUUGCCAGAGACGAAGCGCAAAGCGUUCGCGGCCAAGGCUGUGAGGGAUAUCAUGCGAGAAUUAUAA